GUUCCGCCACUUUCAGAAGCGAGAAACCGUGCUGCCGUUAUUCCGUCGUCGCGCGAAGAAAUAUCUGGUUGUAGAGCACGCUUCACCUGGUCGAGGAUGGCCGCGAUGCUGUCCAACUGUUCGCGGUUUGCUUCUCAUAUGAUCACGCGGGGUAGCGUGUUGCGAGCCAAGAUCACGAGAUCGUUGUAUAGUCAAGGAGGCCCUGUACUUAUCCAAACCAAACAUGUAUUUAAUACUAAAACCGUAUUAUGUAGAAAAUAUAAAGGAAACCAAUAUUGGAUAAACCAGGCAAAAUACAUACAUUCAACUUCAACAUUAUGGGAAAUCAAGGAAGUUGUAGUUCCUCCAUUCGCCGAAAGUGUAAGCGAAGGCGACGUGAGAUGGGAGAAGAAGGUUGGUGACCAGGUCAAGGAAGAUGAUGUUCUUUGCGAAAUUGAAACAGAUAAGACUUCAGUCCCUGUUCCAUCGCCUGGUCCUGGCGUCAUAAAAGAAUUGUUCGUUCAAGAUGGCGAUACUGUGAAGCCAGGACAGAAGUUAUGUACUAUCGACAUAGGAGCGACUGGCGGAGCCGCACCAGCGAAAGAGAAGCCGAAACCAGCCGCUCCACCCCCGCCUCCACCUUCACCGAAAGCAGCUCCUAGUGCGGCAGCUCCUCCGGCACCUGCGGCGCAACCACCUGUACCACCUCCCGCCGCUCAACCACCACCUCCACAAGCGCCCUCAGCUUCGAUGCCGGUUGCAGCCAUCAAACACGCGCAGUCGCUGGAAGGAGCGAAAGUUCAACUACCUCCCGCCGAUUAUACGCGUGAGAUUAUUGGCACCAGAACAGAACAAAGAGUUAAGAUGAACAGAAUGCGUCUGCGUAUCGCGGAACGUCUCAAGGAUGCACAGAACACGAACGCUAUGUUAACCACGUUUAAUGAGAUUGAUAUGAGUGCUAUUAUGGAGUUCCGAAAAACGCAUCAAGACACAUUCACGAAGAAGUACGGUAUCAAGCUUGGAUUCAUGAGUCCGUUCAUCAUGGCCAGUGCUUACGCUUUAAAAGACCAACCUGUAGUAAAUGCUGUCAUAGAUGGGACCGACGUCGUAUACAGAGAUUACGUGGAUAUUAGCGUAGCGGUCGCAACACCGAAAGGUCUCGUCGUGCCGGUACUUCGCAGUAUAGAGAAUAAGAACUUUGCCGACAUCGAGAUUGCUCUGGCCGCUCUUGGUGAUAAAGCUAGGAAAGGGAAAAUCACUGUUGAGGACAUGGAUGGUGGCACCUUCACGAUAAGCAAUGGCGGCGUUUUCGGCUCGAUGAUGGGUACUCCUAUCAUUAAUCCGCCACAAAGCGCAAUUCUCGGGAUGCAUGGUGUUUUCGAUAGACCGAUCGCCGUUAAAGGACAGGUUGUCAUUCGACCAAUGAUGUACGUAGCUUUAACGUAUGAUCACCGGCUGGUCGACGGGCGUGAAGCUGUGAUGUUCCUGAGAAAGAUCAAAGCCGCCGUAGAAGAUCCUAGGAUUAUGUUAGCUGGUCUUUAAUAACUGGACAAACAACGUUUGCUACGUGUAAUAUGCGUUAUUUAAUAACUUUUACGACUAUUGUGAAUAAACAAGAGCGCGACACGAAAAUCUGGAAACCGACAGGGGGUUUUCCCGCUCCGAAAAGUACUUAUCAUUGGAACUACUAAGGUCUUACUACCUUAUCUCAAUUCUCUUUAUUUCCCGAGUGUACUCGUCGGAAAAAUCGCCGCGUGUCACGCAAGCGACGGAUAAACAUGCGAGCUAGUUCUAUUUGUUUUGUCAUUUUCUGAAUUAUUAUUCUGAAAAUAUUGUUAGUCAUUUUUACUCGGUAUAUUAAUCUGUUGUUAGAUACGAUUUUUAUCAUCGAUUUUUUGAUGAGUACAGCAGCGCGCGUAAGAAUUGUAUAACUGCGCUAUAUGCGCAUAAUUACACGUUAUUCUAAGAGACGUCACAAAUUCGUACUCUUAUUUUCUCCGUUUUUAUCUCGUUAAUUUGUAGAAGCCUGGUGAUGAAGAAAUGAACUUGACGGCGGAUCGAAAGCCAAGAAAAUUUGGAACUAUUUGAUUAGAUGUAGAUCUUCACAAGCUAAAAAUAAAAUCUCACCAAUCUACGUAUUUAGCAUUGUUGAAUUGCAGUCGUAUCGAUAAUAAGAGGAGAAUAUAUCCUCCAAGCAUGUUACAUGUUAUGCCGAGUAUUUUAAAUACUCGCUUAAUAUAUUUUAAUUUUGAGUCGAUUAUCUUUUGACAAGAGAAAAUGUUGAAAAAAUUUCUUUAUCAUUCUUUUAUGUCUUAUUUUAUGGAAUUUUCAAUUUUUAGUAUUGUACUUUUUUAACCAGAUCUGAAAAUAAGAUUUUGUCGAAAUAAAAUCUAUUGAUAUCUUAUCGCUUGAUUUUAGGGAUUAAGCAACGAAUAAAUUUUUCAUCUAUUUGUUAUUCUGAAAAUUGAUUUCCGUUUCUUACUUAAUUAUUUAUAGUACAAAAGCUAUUGAUGCCUCGAUAUUACAAACAAAAUUUUAAAAGAAGAAUCUACUCAAAAUUAGCUCCAACCAUUAGCAGAAUGAAGUCAGCUUGGUAAAAAAUAUGCUGCGUGUUCCUCGACAGAAACUUUGCACUUAUAGGAAAACAAAAUAUUCUUACCGCAUUACGAUCUUGUAAAUCAAAAUCGUUUUUAAAUAAAAAAAAAUAAUGCAACGUGGCGUAGAAGAUAUUUAACGUUGCGUUAGCGUACAUAUAAACGAAGUACACUGCCAGAGUGCGGACGAGUAUUUUGAAUCGCCAAGUCGAGCAUUUGAUACUUGAAUCGCGCGCGAAUUAACAUGUUGUAUUGAUAGCAGCAUACGUUAUCGUGCACUGCUGUUAUCACUCUAUAUGUUUACAUUGUCAUCUAGUGAAUGUGCGCUUUGUGCGUUAUGAGAGUAUUAUGUAAGUGCUCUUUUAGUCCUGUUGUAAAAUACAUUGUACAUCAUUAUUUAUCAAUGACGAAACACAUAAAGCAUAUGAAUUAAAUAA